CUUACAAUAGUGUUGUCCUUUUCAGGCAAUAAGUUGAAUAUUCACUGAGAAAAGCUUUUCAAAUCAGCAAUCUAUCUCUUGAAAUCAAGAAACAGAAGGGCUUCUUCCCAGCGAGGAAUGAUUUUUUGCAUGAGCUUUUGACACUUGUGCAAUGUCGGGGUUACUUAAUUCUUCUCUCAAUGGAUCGGCUUCUAAUAUUCCAGACGGUACUGGGCGAUCAUUUGCCACAUCUUUCUCUGCACAGUCUGGUGCGGCUUCCCCUGUUUUCCAUCACACUGGAACUAUUCAGGGGCUUCAUAACAUUCAUGGGAGCUUUAAUGUUCCCAAUAUGCCGGGCACACUUACUUCAAGAAACUCAACAAUGAAUAACGUUCCAUCUGGUGGGGUUCAACAACCUAGUGGAAGCCUUUCUAGUGGAAGAUUUGCAUCAAAUAAUCUUCCUGUUGCUCUAUCCCAGUUAUCUCAUGGAAGCUCUCAUGGACAUUCAGGAGUCACAAACAGAGGGGGUAUGAGUGUUGUUGGGAACCCUGGAUUUAGUAGUAACACAAAUGGAGUUGGUGGUUCUAUUCCUGGGAUUCUCCCAACCUCUGCGGCAAUUGGUAACCGGAAUGCUGUUCCAGGAUUGGGAGUAUCCCCAAUUUUGGGAAAUACAGGUCCUCGGAUUACAAGUUCAAUGGGAAACAUGGUUGGUGGGGGUAACAUCGGAAGGAGCAUAAGCUCUGGUGGUGGAUUAUCUGUACCUGGUCUUGCAUCUCGUUUAAAUCUAUCUGCAAAUAGUGGAUCUGGAAAUCUGAGUGUGCAAGGACAAAAUAGGUUGAUGAGUGGUGUGCUUCCACAAGGAUCUCCACAGGUCAUUUCUAUGUUAGGAAAUUCCUAUCCUGCUGGUGGUGGUCCACUUUCCCAAAGUCACGUUCAAGUGAACAAUCUAAGUUCUAUGGGAAUGUUGAAUGAUGUGAACUCAAAUGACAAUUCUCCAUUUGAUAUAAAUAAUGAUUUCCCGCAGUUGACAAGUCGUCCUAGUUCUGCAGGAGGCCCUCAAGGUCAAUUGGGUUCACUAAGGAAACAAGGUCUUGGAGUUAGUCCCAUUGUUCAACAAAACCAAGAGUUCAGCAUCCAAAAUGAAGAUUUUCCUGCUUUACCUGGGUUUAAAGGCGGUAAUGCUGACUAUGCUAUGGAUUUGCAUCAGAAAGAACAACUUCAUGAAAACACCAUGUCAAUGAUGCAAUCUCAGCACUUCUCUAUGGGCAGAUCUGCUGGGUUUAAUUUAGGUGGAACCUACUCUUCUCAUCGUCCACAGCAGCAACAGCAACAUGCUCCAUCUGUUAGUAGUAGUGGUGUCUCCUUUUCAUCCGUUAACAACCAGGAUCUUCUCCAUUUACAUGGUUCUGAUAUGUUCCCAUCUUCACAUUCGACCUACCAUUCACAGACCAGUGGACCACCUGGCAUUGGACUAAGACCUUUGAAUUCUGCCAAUCCAGUUUCUGGUAUUGGCUCGUAUGACCAGCUUAUUCAGCAGUAUCAGCAACAUCAGAACCAAUCUCAAUUUCGCCUACAACAGAUGUCUGCUGUCAAUCAGUCAUUUAGGAAUCAGGAUAUAAAAUCCAUGCAGUCACCACAUUCAACUCCUGAUCCAUUUGGCUUGCUUGGCUUGUUAAGCGUGAUAAAGAUGAGUGAUCCUGAUCUGACUUCGCUUGCACUUGGAAUUGACCUGACAACACUUGGAUUGAACUUGAAUUCAGCAGAAAAUCUUCAUAAGACGUUUGGUUCACCAUGGUCUGAUGAACCAGCCAAGGGCGACCCAGAGUUCACUGUGCCACAAUGUUAUUAUGCUAAACAACCACCUGUGCUACAUCAAGGUUACUUUUCAAAGUUUUCAGUGGAAACAUUGUUCUAUAUAUUUUACAGCAUGCCAAAAGAUGAGGCCCAAUUAUAUGCUGCAAAUGAACUUUAUAAUAGAAAUUGGAUGUAUCACAAGGAUCAUCGGUAUUGGUUCAUCAGAGUACCUAAUGUGGAGCCACUUGUUAAGACGAACACAUAUGAGCGAGGGUCUUAUCACUGUUUUGAUCCAAGCACAUUUGAAAUAGUCCGCAAGGAUAAUUUUGUUGUGUAUUACGAAAUGGUGGAUAAGAGACCAGCUUUACCGCAACAUUAACAAUUUUUUUCUUUUGAUUUUACAUUGUAAAUUUUCUAUUGUGGAACACAUUGAUUAGAACGACAGUCAGUUUGCUGCAUUAAUGUUCUUUUAAUUUA